UAGAAUCUUCAUCACUCGAUAAAAGCGACGCGAUCCCCCCCUUUCUUAGGAUUUUCUGAACGGACAGCGCUUGAGACUGUUCGUCUUCUAUAAACGGAAUAGUACAAAAAGGACGUAGAAAAGAAUUUUCGUCUUUGGCUCUAGAAAAAGAAAAGAAAGAAAGAAAGAAAGAAAGAAAGAAAGAAAGAAAGAAAGAAAAAAAGAAAGGGAAGAAAAAGGAAAAAAGCUGCGAUUAAGUGAUUAAGUGAACAAUAAUAUCUUUGACAUUUUUCGUGAUUUAAGAAAAUUUGAUUUGAGAAGAAGAUGCCGGCCGACGUUGCAAUGGUGGAUGCCGGCGAAGUCGAAACGUUCGUUUUCCAAGCUGAAAUUGCUCAGUUGAUGAGCUUGAUCAUCAACACCUUUUAUUCGAACAAAGAGAUCUUUAUUCGAGAAUUGAUUUCCAACGCAUCCGACGCUUUAGACAAAAUUCGCUAUGAAUCUCUUACGGAACCGUCAAAACUCGACACGUGCAAAGAAUUAUUCAUCAAGAUCGUUCCUAACAAGAAUGACCGUACGCUUACUAUUCUCGACUCUGGCUGUGGUAUGACCAAAGCUGAUCUUGUCAAUAACUUGGGUACCAUAGCAAAAUCUGGUACUAAGGCCUUCAUGGAAGCUCUGCAGGCCGGAGCUGACAUUUCUAUGAUUGGUCAAUUUGGUGUUGGCUUUUAUUCCGCAUACCUAGUUGCGGAUAAAGUAACUGUUAUCUCAAAACACAAUGACGACGAACAAUAUUUAUGGGAAUCUUCUGCCGGUGGUUCCUUCAUAGUUCGCCCUGACAAUGGAGAACCCAUUGGACGUGGCAGCAAAGUUAUCUUGCACAUAAAGGAGGAUCAAACCGAAUAUUUGGAAGAGGUAAAGAUAAGAGAGAUCGUUAAGAAACACUCGCAAUUCAUUGGUUAUCCGAUAAAAUUAGUCGUUGAAAAAGAAAGGGACAAAGAAUUGAGCGACGACGAAGAAGACGAACCGUCGUCAAAAGAAACUGAAAAUGAGGAUGACAAGCCAAAAAUUGAAGAUGUUGGAGAGGAUGAAGAAGAGGACAAAGCUAAAGGUGAAAAGAAAAAGAAGAAAAAGACGAUCAAGGAAAAAUAUACGGAGGAUGAAGAACUCAAUAAGACCAAGCCAAUAUGGACGAGAAACCCAGACGAUAUAACUCAAGAGGAAUACGGUGAAUUUUAUAAGAGCUUGACUAAUGAUUGGGAGGAUCAUUUGGCUGUAAAACAUUUCUCGGUUGAAGGUCAACUUGAAUUCAGAGCCCUGCUAUUCAUACCGCGAAGGGCGCCUUUUGAUCUUUUUGAAAACAAAAAACGAAAGAACAAUAUUAAACUGUACGUAAGGAGAGUCUUCAUUAUGGACAAUUGCGAGGACCUAAUUCCAGAAUAUCUCAACUUCAUCAAGGGCGUCGUCGACAGUGAGGAUCUCCCGUUGAAUAUCUCACGUGAAAUGUUACAGCAGAACAAGAUACUUAAGGUUAUCAGGAAGAAUCUUGUAAAGAAAUGUUUGGAGCUUUUUGAAGAAUUAUCCGAGGAUAAGGAAAAUUAUAAGAAAUGUUAUGAACAGUUUAGUAAAAAUUUGAAAUUGGGUAUUCACGAGGAUAGUCAAAACAGGAAGAAACUCUCGGAAUUACUGCGAUACAGCACGUCUGCCUCGGGCGACGAAAUGUGCUCGCUAAAGGAUUAUGUUGGCCGUAUGAAGGAAAGCCAAAAACAUAUUUAUUAUAUCACAGGCGAGAGCAAGGAACAAGUGGCCAAUAGUUCUUUCGUUGAACGCGUUAAGAAACGUGGCUUUGAAGUAGUAUACAUGACUGAGCCCAUUGAUGAAUACGUUGUACAACAAUUGAAAGAAUUUGAUGGGAAACAAUUGGUCUCUGUCACUAAGGAGGGCUUGGAAUUACCAGAGGAUGAAGAAGAAAAGAAGAAGAGAGAGGAGGACAAAGCUAAAUUUGAAAAUCUUUGCAAGGUAAUGAAGGAUAUACUCGACAAGAAGGUAGAAAAAGUGGUCGUCUCAAACAGGCUCGUUGAUUCGCCAUGCUGCAUUGUUACUUCUCAAUAUGGCUGGACCGCGAACAUGGAAAGAAUAAUGAAAGCGCAAGCUCUUCGUGACACAUCUACCAUGGGAUACAUGGCUGCGAAGAAACAUUUAGAAAUCAAUCCUGAUCAUCCUAUAAUGGAAAAUCUGAGACAAAAAGCAGAGGCUGAUAAAUAUGACAAAUCGGUCAAAGACUUGGUAAUGCUUCUAUUUGAAACUGCCCUUCUUUCUUCAGGCUUUGCUCUUGAAGAUCCACAAGUCCAUGCAUCGAGGAUAUAUAGAAUGAUCAAAUUGGGCCUUGGGUUCGAUGACAAUGACACACCAAACGUAGAAGAAGAAAAGAUGGACACAGAAGUUCCUGCCCUCGAAGGGGAUGCCGAAGAGGCUUCGAGGAUGGAAGAAGUAGAUUAAUAUAUUCUAUAUCUCUGAUGUAUUAACGACAUAAUAUAUCCAAAGACUCUUUAGGAUGUAGAAAUAAGACUGCUGUUGCUGACUAAUAAUUGUAUCGAUAGUUCUCUUUCGUUUUCUUUUAUUCUUUUUCUAUUCUUUUUUUCUUUUCUACCUCGUCGAGUCAAAAGAGAGUGAUAUAAUAUGAGGUGUUGUGUCGUGGUUAUCUUUCUGUUUUUUUUUUUCUUUUUUUUUUUUUUUUUUUUUUUUUUUUUUUUUUAAGUGCCUAGGCCGAGCCAAUUAAAAAGAAUUGUUUCCAAUUCGUAUUUGAGCCUGAUCAAUUUUACUUGAUGAUUCUGCCUAAAAAAAGGCUCGUUUAUAAACGAAGAGAGAAAAAAAAUAUUCGUUAUAUUAUAUAAGCGAGCCAUUUUUCUGAUCUGUUCUUUUUAUUUCUCUCCUCUUUCAUUAUUCUCUUUUUUCAUUUUAUCAUUUUUCACUUUCGUCAUUCCGCGAUAAGAUUAUAUAGAUUAAAUAUUUAAAGCUGCGUUGUAAGGAUAAAAAUUUCAUCUGAAAUAAAGUGUCUUUAAAUUUAAAAAAAACUGCCGUUACAAAUUACAUUGAAAAUAAAUUACACUUACUUUUCCUUUCUUUUUAUAUUCUCUUCUUUCAUACCAUUUCUACCUAUAUAUUAUUGUGAAAUUAUAUUUGUCCAUGUAUUUGAUAAUUACUAAUAAAUUGUUCAUUAGGA